AGCCGAAGGUUUUCGCGGUGGAACAAUCUGAGGCGCUGCAGAGUCGCGACGGCAGCCACCGGCGCGCGAUCAUAUACAAAAUACGCACGGCUAUACUUAAUAUAUAUAUAUAGAUAUACAUUUAUAUAUGCUCACUAAUCAUAUAUAUGUAUAUAUACAAUCAUAUACAUAUACGUAGUAUACACACAUGUAUAUCUAUACGAACUCCCUCCACGGAAGAAUAAUUAGCAGUGUGCGUAAACAUUCUCUGAGGGUCAUCACCGAUAAGCCCAGCUGUUCCGUAUCGCUUAAAAAUACACAAAUAAACAAACAAUAAACAACUUUAUUAAUAAAUAAUUACACUUAUUAGCCUCCAACGCGAGUUCGUGAUAAAAUUUUCUCAACAUAAAACUACAUUUUUUUUAAAUAUUUCAAAUUUUAAACAGGGCGAAAGUAAAUAAAAACAGUGACGUCGAUAUCAUCCCUCGUAAACACGUGGACGGCGCACACGGCCCACGCCGGUGGAGAGGGCGGGGGUCGCUUUAGGGUGGGAGAAGAGAGAGAGACUAUUUUUGAUAACAGAACAAUAAUUAAUUGAACAAAUAAAACAUUUUUGUUAAAUUUUAAUAUUAAGAGACUAAAAGGUGCUUGUUAAUUUGCGAUUACAAUUACAAUCAUCAAGAACGGAUCAGUCAACAAAGUUUACCGAGGAUAUGUUGGAGCCACGCUGGAGACCCGUCCAGGUCAGUGGUGCAUUGUUCUUCGGCCACUGAGAGCGGACAUGGUUUAUUGACGGACAUAUUGGUGAAAGUCCAUUCGACACUGGAUCUUGGGGCAAAGAACACUUUCAACAAACUUCUUGGCAGCUUAAUCCCCGCGGCCAUAUUCGACCCAGUGACGAUGGCAUAAUGGAUCAUGACACGGACGGAGACGGUGCGAUCAACUUGUCAACGUCUCAACGACCCUCUGCUUCGACUACUCCGAAUGGUGAUGGUCCACUUUACGGCCAAGAUCAACACGAUAAAGAUCAGGCAACAACACUGUACGCAGUCUUGAAGCAACACCAGUCAAGAGACUUGAAUUGGGAGCGAGACAGUUUGCUCCAAAAAAGCACAAAAGAGAGACUUGAGAGACUGGGAUUGACCGGGUUGGACAGAACCACGUUAGCAACGACAUUGACGACGGAAACAGCUACCCCAGCGGGAUCAAUAGGUGACCAGAACCACCACUACCACCAGGACCCAACGAUCGAGUAUCGUAGCAAUGGCAAGCUCAGUCCAACAACUGGGCAAAAUUCAGUGACAACAGCAUCACCCAUGACCCAGCAAAAGCAACCGACACUAUCAUCGCAAUCUUCACAGCAGGCUUGCUCCGGUACGACACCAAGCUCACAGCAGACGAGUCCGCGCCAAAGCCCUCAGGCGUUGCACCGUGCUUCGUCUCCCAAUCCCCAUCAGGGACAACUGCCUGGUGGUGGUCCACCUGGUGGUCCACCAACACAUAAUUCUACUCAGAUGAUGCUCAGUCCGGCCAGUGGCCUACAUCAUCAAAUGCAGCAACUACUUCAGCAACACAUUCUAACGCCCACCCAGCUCCAGUCUUUUGUGCAGCAGCAUACUCUUUAUUUACAACAACAGCAACAGCAGCAUCAUCAGGAAUCGUCUUCCGAACAUGUCGCUAAUCAAGAAAGAUUUGGUUAUUUUUCAUCCAUAAAAAACCACCAGCAUCAACUCGCGGAGUUGGGGAGAAAGCAGCUGGAGCAGAACAUGCAGCAAUUGCAGGAACAAUUGCAGCUUAAUCUGAUCCAGCAGACGCAUCUCCUGCAGACCGCAGACAAGAAGAAGAAUUCAGUGCCAUUACAGCAGCUCGGGGUCCAGCAGCACCAAAUUAUCCAGCAGCUGCAGAUGACCCAGAGACAAUAUCUGUUCCAGCAGGGACUGAGUCUACAGAGUCAUAAUCAUUCCUCUGGCAAUUUAUCCAAUGAUAAUGUGCCUGCUUGGAAAUCGGAGCCCAACGAAAGCAAUGAGGCUCAUCAAAAUUCCCUUGUUCCCAAAUCAGGAGCUAGUCUAAAUGGACUCAUAAACUCGAUAGCAAAUCGACGCUCGGAACUAAACGGAACAACCCUGGUGGACGAAAAGCCACUGGAUGUUUCAUGUCAUGACAAAGCUCACCCCCUCUACGGUCAUGGAGUAUGCAAAUGGCCAAGCUGUGAAGUUAUUUGCGAUGACUAUCAAUCAUUCCUCAAACAUAUGAACACCGAGCACACGUUAGACGACAGAUCGACAGCUCAAGCACGAGUUCAAAUGCAAGUUGUGUCUCAAUUAGAGAUCCAGCUGCAGAAAGAACGCGAUAUACUAGGGGCCAUGAUGCAUCACCUUCAUGUAGCCAAGCAAAUGUCUUCUCCGGAACCUCCGAAGUCGUCUGAAUCCUCGACGGGUUCAAGUUUAUCAAAAUUAAAUUUAUCAACUGGUUUAAUGAAUCAGCCACCGCCAAAUUUUGGUGUUUCGCAAGUAUCCCCGGCAUCAAUGUCAGCACUAGUCUCAGCAGUGAGAUCGCCGGGAGGCGGACCGAUGGCGCCAUCUGCCGGGAGCACGCCAAUGCCGCCGAUACCCAACAUGUCGAGCAUAGCGGGAAUCCCGUUGCCAAACAUGCCCGGAAGCUUACCAACAAUACCAGGCGGAUUAUCAGGCAUGGCAGCGCCUAUAAGGAGGCGAAUCAGCGAUAAAUCUGCGCUAUCUCUCGCGGGAGGGCUGCCCUACAUGCUCGAGCGGGCUGGCCUUGACGUCCAACAAGAAAUUCAACGGAAUAGAGAGUUCUACAAAAAUGCAGACGUAAGACCACCCUUCACGUACGCAUCACUGAUACGCCAGUCGAUAAUUGAAUCACCCGAGAAGCAAUUAACCCUCAACGAGAUCUACAACUGGUUUCAAAAUACAUUCUGUUACUUCCGACGAAAUGCCGCCACCUGGAAGAACGCCAUCCGCACCAAUCUAUCAUUGCACAAGUGUUUUGUGCGCUAUGAGGACGACUUUGGGUCAUUCUGGAUGGUGGACGACGCCGAGUUCGUAAAGCGGCGGCAUCUGUCCCGCGGCCGUCCCAGGAAAUAUGACCCAACCCCAUCACCCACUCCACCCCACCUCUCCGCACAGGGUGUACCAUCUAAAAGUCCCACGCUAACGCAUAGUCCGACAAUGUACGGUGACGCUCUCAAUGCCAAUCUCCAGUAUUUCCAGGCUGCGCUGGGCGAGUCGAAUAUGGGAUUUCUAAACAACUCGAUGUGUACAUCAACAGCGACAAGUCCGGACAAGGAGCACGUGAUGCCACACAACGAUCUAAUAUUCGUAAAUUACUUCAGGUCAUCGCUUGACGAGUCGGGGAUGCACAUAAAGCAAGAGGGCCAGAGUCCCGAGGGCAGUAAACUGUCGAGAUUAAUAAAACGGGAGCUGCUCGAUGGACCUAACGAUCACGAGCACGAUCAUGACGACGAGGGUGUCGACGAUCGCGAGUAUCCCGAAAGCCACGGACACGACUCAGGGCAAGACGAAGACAUGGCCGAGGACCUGUCGAUGGCGCCCGACAUUAUGACUUCCGAUGAUCAAAUUGAAGCGUAGUACGACUCUUUCACUACACAAACACAUCAACCAAAUUAAUUAAUUAAUCAAUUUAUUAAUUAAAUCAUUAACUGAAAUUAUAUAACUCGAGUAAAAAAUUAAACACAAUUUUUGAAUAACAGUUACAAUAAUUAGUUAUUAUUAAUAUUAAUGAUAAUAAUAAUCAAUAAUAAUAAAUAUUUAAUGAUAAAUUAUAAAUAAUAAUUGGUAACUUUCGAUUCUGGUCUUUUGGGCAUAAAUUAAAUAAUAAUAAUUAUUUGUCCGUAUGAAUAAUUUUAGAGUAAUUGUAUUUAAAUCUUAGAAAAAAAAAAUAUAAAUCGUAAAAAAUAAAAAAAAAAAAAAAAACAAAGUCACUCAGCAUAUCUAAAUCGCAAUUUUUUCAUAAGACGAUAAUAAGACUUUUGAAUGUGAUGAUUGAGCAGAGAGCGUAUGAAAUUUGAGAAUUGAAAUUGAAUAUAUAGAAAAAAAAUUUUAUUAUUUUUAAAAUAUUAUUAAAUUAUACUUGAUGGGAUUGGUUAGAUUUUAUUUUAUUUAUUAUUCUCAAUUUAAAAAUUGAUUUGUUUUUUAUAAAUAUAAAAUAGAAGGUAACAAUAAUUAAAAACGUAUAAAUAAUAAUAAAGUCAAUCGAAGCGAUCCAUAUCUUAAUUCAACAGACAACGAUUUGUAUUAUUAUUUUUAUUUGAAAUGUUGUAAACAAUUUAGUUAUUUGUAUAGUUAAAAUAUAUAUAUAUAUAUAAAUAGUCUACUCUAUAAAUAUAUAAAUAUAUAAAUAAAUAUAAAAAAAAAUCUAUAUAUGUAGGAUUUAUUAAUUAAAAUUAAUAAUAAUGAAAAUAAGCAGUCAGGUCUUUUUUUUACGAGACACUCGACAAUUUUAGUAUUAAUUUAUUAUAUGAAUUAGAAAAAAUAAAAAACGCUGUGGAAGUGGCUCCCAAGUCGCUCUUUAUAUAUAUAAAUAUUUAAAGAUUAAUGGUUCUGUAUUUAAAUUUUGCGGAGUUA